GAUUGUUUCCAGCAUGCUGCUGCGGGGAAGCCAGGCGCUCCGACGCUUCUCCACUGGCCGGGUUUGUUUCAAAAACAAGCUGAAAUUGGCACUUAUUGGCCAGAGCCUCUUUGGACAGGAAGUCUAUAGUCACCUCCGAAAGGAGGGCCACCGAGUAGUUGGAGUAUUCACAGUUCCAGACAAGGAUGGAAAAGCUGAUCCACUGGCUUUGGCUGCAGAGAAAGAUGGAACCCCUGUGUUCAAGUUCCCUAGAUGGAGAGUCAAGGGCAAGACUAUCAAGGAGGUGGUGGAAGCCUACAGAUCUGUAGGUGCCGAGCUAAAUGUACUUCCCUUCUGUACGCAGUUCAUCCCCAUGGAUGUUAUUGACAGCCCAAGACAUGGCUCCAUCAUUUAUCACCCCUCCAUCUUGCCUAGGCAUAGAGGGGCUUCUGCCAUCAACUGGACUCUGGUUAUGGGAGAUAAGAAAGCUGGAUUUUCGGUUUUCUGGGCUGAUGAUGGUUUAGAUACAGGACCCAUCCUUCUUCAGAGAUCAUGUGACGUCGAACCCAAUGAUACAGUGGAUACACUUUAUAAUCGAUUCCUCUUUCCUGAAGGAAUCAAGGCCAUGGUAGAAGCUGUCCAACUCAUAGCUGAUGGAAAAGCUCCUCGGAUAUCCCAACCAAAGGAGGGGGCAACAUAUGAAGGUAUCCAGAAAAAGGAAAAUGCUGAGAUUUCUUGGGAUCAGUCUGCUGAAGUUUUACAUAACUGGAUUCGGGGUCAUGAUAAAGUACCUGGAGCCUGGACAAAGAUAAAUGGGCAGAUGGUCACAUUCUAUGGUUCAUCAUUGCUAAAAAGUUCUGUGCCUCCUGGGGAACCACUGGAAAUUCAAGGUGCCAAGAAGCCUGGUCUUGUUACCAAAGCUGGACUCGUUCUUUUUGGGAAUGAUGGAAAAGCACUUAUGGUGAGAAAUCUACAGUUUGAAGAUGGAAAAAUGAUCCCAGCCUCUCAGUACUUUUCGGCAGGGGAAAUGUCCGUGGUAGAACUUACAGCUGAAGAAAUGAAGGUGGCAGAGACCAUCAAGGUAAUCUGGGCUGGGAUUUUAAGCAACGUCCCUAUGAUUGAAGAUUCCACAGACUUCUUCAAAUCUGGAGCAAGCUCAAUGGAUGUUGUGAGGCUGGUUGAAGAGAUCAGACAAAGGUGUGGUGGACUUCAGUUACAGAAUGAAGAUGUCUACAUGGCCACUAAGUUUGGAGACUUCAUUCAGAAGGUUGUGAGGAAACUGAGAGGAGAAGAUCAGGAGGCAGAGCUGGUGGUAGAUUAUGUUUCAAAGGAGGUCAAUGAAAUGACAAUUAAAAUGCCAUACCAGUGUUUCAUAAAUGGGCAGUUCAUGGAUGCGGAUGAUGGAAAGACUUAUGACACUAUCAACCCAACAGAUGGAUCUACAAUCUGCAAAGUAUCUUAUGCAUCUCUGGUGGAUGUUGACAAAGCUGUAGCAGCAGCCAAGGAUGCCUUUGAAAAUGGAGAAUGGGGAAGAAUGAAUGCCAGGGAAAGAGGAAGACUGAUGUACAGACUUGCAGACCUACUGGAAGAAAAUCAGGAAGAGCUGGCCACCAUAGAAGCCCUGGACUCAGGUGCUGUCUAUACCUUGGCUCUGAAGACGCACAUCGGAAUGUCUGUGCAAACCUUCAGAUACUUUGCUGGCUGGUGUGACAAAAUUCAGGGUUCUACAAUUCCAAUCAACCAGGCCCGUCCAAAUCGCAAUCUGACCUUCACCAAGAAGGAGCCCAUUGGUGUCUGUGCCAUCAUCAUCCCCUGGAACUACCCGCUGAUGAUGCUCGCUUGGAAGAGCGCUGCCUGUCUGGCAGCGGGUAACACGUUAGUGCUCAAGCCAGCACAGGUCACGCCCUUGACUGCUUUGAAGUUUGCAGAACUGUCUGUGAAAGCUGGCUUUCCAAAGGGGGUAAUCAACAUCAUUCCUGGCUCAGGGGGCAUAGCAGGACAGCACCUUUCUGAGCACCCCGACAUCCGCAAACUUGGUUUCACUGGUUCCACCACGAUCGGCAAACAAAUCAUGAAGAGCUGUGCUGUGAGCAACUUGAAGAAAGUUUCCCUUGAGCUUGGGGGCAAGUCUCCUCUUAUAAUAUUCAAUGACUGUGAACUGGACAAGGCUGUGCGAAUGGGCAUGGGUGCGGUGUUUUUCAACAAAGGAGAGAACUGCAUUGCAGCCGGGAGGUUGUUUGUGGAAGAAUCCAUCCAUGAUGAAUUUGUGACGAAAGUGGUGGAAGAAAUUAAAAAGAUGAAAAUUGGUGAUCCACUUGACAGAUCUACUGAUCAUGGGCCCCAAAAUCAUAAGGCCCACUUGGAAAAGCUCCUGCAAUACUGUGAAGCUGGAGUGAAGGAAGGGGCCACCUUGGUAUAUGGAGGAAGACAAGUUCAAAGACCAGGCUUUUUUAUGGAACCCACUGUGUUCACAGAUGUGGAAGACCACAUGUACCUUGCCAAAGAGGAAUCCUUUGGACCAAUUAUGGUCAUUUCUAAAUUUCCAAAUGGGGACAUCAAUGGAGUGCUGCAGCGAGCAAACAGCACAGAGUAUGGCCUGGCCUCAGGGGUUUUCACAAGAGACAUAAACAAGGCCAUGUACGUGAGUGAAAAGCUGGAAGCAGGGACCGUUUUUAUUAACACAUACAACAAGACGGAUGUGGCUGCCCCAUUUGGUGGGGUGAAGCAAUCUGGCUUUGGAAAAGACCUGGGUGAGGAAGCUCUGAACGAAUACCUCAAAACCAAGACUGUGACACUGGAGUAUUAGAGCAACACCACCACCAGAAACCCUUGGCAGACAGCACGACUUCUCAAAUCUCCAGAUGUGAAAGAAGCAGGGUGUGCUAAGGAUUUCUUUUUUGCCAUGAGAAAAAACAAAAUCACACCCAGACCACAAAAAGAGCCAGGCCCCUUGUCUGAGCAUUUGCUCAUGUGCCUGAAUACUUACUUUCAAAAGCACCUUUUAUACCUGAAAACAAUUUCCAUGGUUGGUUUUGUAUCAUCCACAUUUCUAAAAUACCAAGGUGCUCAUUCCCUAUCAACACUAAUCUGUUCAUGACCAACCAUUGUGAAAAUGUCAGUUUCAUGCAGCUACUGCACAGGUGCAUUUAUAUGACCACCUUUGUGUGUGGGCAGGUUUUAACCUCUGAACCAUACAUAUGGUUAUUAAAAAG